GAUAACGAUAACAGGCCGGCAGCUCCCACUUCUACAUUAUGAGAAGAAAAGCAAAUAGGAAAUAAAAACAAGUUAUUGGAUAAAUGUUUGUUGAUCCCGCCGCCCUUGCUUGGUUAAAUAGUGAAAACUUAGUUAACGCGACUUGGUUACCCUCAAAUGCUGGUUACUGGUUAACUUGUAUUAACUGAUUGUAUAAAACAAAAUAUAAACAAACUCUAAUCGCCGUUAACCCUUAAGGUGUUAGCUUGCGGUUUUUUAUAUUUAGAGCGAUAACGACUGCGAUAAAUCGACAACAGCUGAUGCCAAAGCGCUGAUUUUAUGUGCGAUUUAAUUUUGAAUAAUAUUAUAUAAUGGUGAAAGUGGAGGUGGAAUACUGCGGCAUCUGCAACUUCAGCGGGCAGUGCCACCUGCUGCGCGAGUUCCUGCUGGCCUCGUCGCCCGACUUGGACAUAUCCUGCCGCCAGGGACGGCGGGGAGCCUUCGAGGUGGCCAUCGACGGUGAGCUGGUGCACUCGAAGCUUUCCUGCUUGGCAUUUCCCCAACACGCGAGUGUCCUGGCCCAAGUGCAGAAGGCGGAGCGCGGGGAGCCCGUGGAGAAAGUCCUGGAGCAGCCCAUAAAGGACUGCAUCGUGAUGUGAUCUCCUCGUGAUUUCACUUGAAGUAACCUACUUUCAUGCAUAGACUGUUUAAAUAAGAUAGAUUCACGCUUCCACCAAAUCAUACGGUGCUGGAACAUUUGGCACCCUUUCAAAACCUGUGAUAUAUGGCCCUUCGUUUAUAAAUAUGGAUAUACUCUCC